AUGGACAAAAUUAAUCUUGAUGACCCCUCCAUGGAAUCGACAUCUUACACACAUAGUCUCAAUUCUCCACAAUUAACACCUGGCACGCCUAAAGAAACACAUUUUAAUCAUGAAUAUACCAUCAGCUCUCUCAGAGAGGUCAAUGAUACUUACAGAAACCUUAAUAGUGAUUUGAAUCGCACGGUAUUGCAGUUACAAAGUCAAAUAGUAGCCGCUGAAAAGGAAAAGAGAAUACAAUCUUUAGAACUUCAUAAAACUAAUCUUACAACGGAAAUUUUUAAAAGGGAAAAGGAUUUAUUGAAAGAAAAAGUGGAAACCUUAACAAAUGAAAUCAAAUCAGUAAAUGAUUGA